ACAAACAGAUGAAAAUUCCCAAUCCGUUGGCUUACACACAUUUCCUUUCUAAGAAUUUAAUGACAUAACAAAUUAAAGUUCGGUUCGUUACCAUGCCGCGCCACAAGACCUUGGUGGACAUUGGCCAGCGCAUUAUGAAGCGCUUCCAGCUGCUGAAGCUGGAGGUGGAGGAGGACUUUGUGAUCUAUGCGGUUCACUUGCUGGCCCGAGACUCCCGACGAGGUCUGUUGAAGAGCGACCUCAACAAGCCCACGGCCUGUGCCCUCAACUCGUUUGUGGACAUGGUCGUGGACAGCUAUGUGAGCCCCACAGACUGCACCAUGGUCAAUGCCAAGAUGGCCUGGGUAAUGAAGAAGGGCUUGACCAUUGACCUGCAGUACGUUAAGAACCAGUACGAAGAGAAGUUCCACCAGGAACUGGAGAUACUCAUAAAGGACAUUCUCCAGUACCCGGAGACCUGCAGCAAGGUGCAGUUGGACCAGCUGUUUGCCAAGAUGCAGGUCUUCAUUGUGGCCUGCUACCACCUGGGCUGCCCCAAGAACCAUGUCCUGCUCAAGCUGACGGCUCAGGCCCUAAAUAGCGUCAUCGGACGCAGUGAUCUGCAGAACUACGUGCUCAAGAAGAAGUACCAUCGGCUGGAGUAUCUGCAGCGUCUGGCGGCCACCGUGGGUGGCAUCGUAAUCUACAACAACGACGGUCCUGACGGGGAUCGCGACAAUGUGAGGAGUGUCAUUAACGAUUUGGAAAUGGCGCAGAAAAAUACCGAAGCCGCCUUUGCGGCCAGCAUGGAAAAGGCUGAUGGAGUGCGAAACAUCUGCCAGGCGGCUCUGGAGGAAUUAGUUACGAUCGAUUCCAAGGAAGAAAUGAUCAGCUACAAAGUCCCACUCGAGCACAUGGACCGGCUAAACCAGUUCUCCCUGACCUAUUGCAUGUUGCACCGAUGCCUCACAACCUUAAACUCGAACUACCAGACCACUGCCUACUUGAUCGAGGUGGAGCUCAAGCGAUACAACUGCGUAGUGGCCAAGAUCAAUGAGACACUUGCCAUGCGCACCGCCAUCGAGUCGGAGUUGAUCUUCCCGCACUUCGUGUACAUUGCCCAAGUUUGGGGGAAUCUGAACAACUAUCUGCACCACAUUGUCGAGCUAAACAAGCUCAGGGAGCAGUUGGAGGCUCUGGUGGUUGAUGACCUAGUGACCCUGGCCGAGGCCACUGUUGCGGAGCUGCAGGCGUUGCACAAACGCAUCAAGACCGCGAAGGUCGUCACCUUUGAGGAGCGUAUGAACGCAGUCAAGGGCCUGAAAACGGACGGAAACUUUUGCAACCUGGCCCAGGCGGACAUCAAGGAGUUCUGCGGCCUGUUCAUGACCAUGACCAACGGCCUCUUGAUGCCGGCUAAAGCAGUCCGAAAACUAUGCUCCAACGUGGAUAUUUCCUUCGGCUUUCGGAAUCCGCAGUUUGCGCGGUUUGCCGAGCUCCGCUUCGAGCCUUUCAUUGCCGCCUUCAGAAACGUGGUCUUCAACAGCGCCAACUUGACUCUUCUGUUCAAGAUAGAUGACCAGCUCAUAGCCCAGGAGCUGCAGGAUCUGAUUGUCGAGCCCCCCAAGCAGAUCGAUGCCGGCAACCAAACCGAAAUGGUCGUCACCAACGAUCUCUCGCCAUCGAAUUGGAUCAACGUCACUUGGAAUGUAUGGGAUUACCACCGGGAAACCAUAAAACUAGCCAACAUGCGCAACCACCAGACCCACGAUUCGCAGACCAAAAUAAGCUAUGGUACGCGUAACGCCCAAAACCAGACCUACAAUACCCGACAGCACAACUGA